AUGGCGCGGGCUGCAGGCGCGCGGGGCUGCGGGCGGCGCUGGCGGUGCGGGCGGGGCGCGCUGGUGGCCUGUGCCGCCUGGACCGCGGGCUGGGUGUUGGCCGCCGCGCUGCUGCUCCGCGCGCACCCGGGCGCCCUCUCCGAGCGCUGCACGGACGAGAAGAGCCGGCGCAUCCUGGCCGCACUGUGCCGGGACUACCGGGGCGGGGCGCUGGCGGGCGACCUGUGCGAGGACCUGUGCGUGGCGGGGAAGCUGCGGUACCGGCGCUGCCUCUACUACGACCGGGGCAAGAAGGUGCUGCAGGCCGACUGGCGCGGCCGCCCCGUCAUCCUCAAGUCCAAGGAGGAAGCCUUCUCCAGCUUCCGGCCGCCUGGCCCGCUGGGGGCCCCGGCCGAGGACGGGGGCCCGGCCUUGCCGGAGGCGGAGCUGCUGCUGCUGGUGGCCGGGGAGGUCAGGAGCGCCCUGGGCCUGGAGCCAUCCGCGAGUGGCCUGGGGCCGCUGUGGCCGGGCCGCCGGGGCCCGCGCUGGCGGGGUCAGCUGGCCAGCCUGUGGUCCCUGGUGCAGCAGGAGGAGUUCGUCCUGCUCAGCGUGCUGCGGGGGCUCAGCCCGCACGCCCUGCCCGUGCUGGGCUCCUGUGGCCACUUCUACGCCGUGGAGUAUCUGGCGGCUGGCAGCGCCCGCCACCGGGCUCUCUUCCCCCUGGACGGGGCCCCCCGGGGCCGGGGCCGGGCCCGGGCCGUGGGCAACAUGGCGCUCAGCUUCCUGGACCUGGUGAGGCAGUUCGACCACGGCUUCUCCCACCGCCUGCACCUCUGCGACGUCAAGCCCGAGAACUUCGCCAUCAGGAGGGACCUCACGGUGGUGGCCAUCGACGUGGACAUGGCCUUCUUCGAGCCCAAGAUGAGGGAGAUUCUCGAGCAGAACUGCACGGCGGACGAGGACUGCAGUUUCUUCGACUGCUUUUCCAGGUGUGACCUGCGCGCCCACAGGUGCAGCGCCCAGCGGGCCAACAGCAACCUGCAGGUGGUCUGCGACAAGAUAUUCCGGCACUGGUUCUCCCCCACCCUCGGGGGCUCUGCCGUCUCCCUCCGGCUCCAGCGGCAGCUGCGGGAGGCGGUGCAGGAGUGUGCAGACCCCCACGGCCCUCAGGCGGCCGCUCCCACCAUGUUCUGGAAGCUUCGGCGCCUUCUCCAGGCUGCGCUGAGGGAACUGCGGGAGGCGGAGAAGUAGCCACCGCUGGGCUGUCAAAUGCCCGCUCAGGAGAGGUGGCCUCUGCCUGGUUUCAAAGAGGAGACAUUUUCACUGUGCACAUGACCGUGGCCUUGCACGCGGGAGCCGUCCUUGCACGUGGUGGGCACCUGCGCCUCCUCCCCUCCGCUCCAGGUCCCGCCUUGCCCCUCGGACAGAGAGACCUUCCUGGCCUCCGACCGUCCUCCUUUUGAGCCGGGCACGUGGGAUGUGGGCGCAGAGCGUUUUGCUGGGAAGACCCUUCAUCCUGAACGGUGCCAUCCCAGCAUGCACUUGCCCUUAAGGAGGUGCCUGUACUCAGAAUAGACAUUCCCAGCUCUUCUCGCUGCAAAGGUGGCUGUGUAAAAAAAGUGCGUGUGAGUGUUACAUAGGUGUGUGCGUGCACAU